AUGACUUCAGAUGUACAGAUCAAAUUACGAGCGUUUGUUGAAAUGCUUCUUGACUAUUUGAAGCAAAUGAAUACGCAGCCAACAUUGAAAGCUGCAGACGUAGACUAUAAAAAUGUGAAAGAAGAACUCUCCAAGUUGGGUACUAUAUUAAUGGACAACGCAACGAGGUUUACUAUAUCAUGUAAACCACCCUGUUCAACGGAUGCAGCUUUAUUAACAAUCGAUAACAUGGCGAACACAUUGUUUCGAAUAACUGGCACUGUUGAAUCGCUUCCUCUAUCCUUGGGUAAGACUCUGAUAUCCGAAGUACGAUCUUGUACUGCAGAGAUCUUAUUAUCAUCGGCAGCAUUGGCAAAUGGCUUCUUGGAAACACCCGUUCAAUUGGAAGCCACUCGUCAAGGAGGAUACUUGGUUUCUACUGGCCUUGUCUGGCAAGCAUGCGAAGUGUUUAAGAAGCUGCCUGGAGAUAAUAAAGAAGCAGUUAUGAAAAAGUGGAAAUAUACAUAUGAACUUAUGACAGAGUCGGAGAAGAAAGUGACGGGAUCAUGUAUAACAUUGGUUAAACUGACAAAAAUGUUGUUGAAGAAAACUCUUCAGAGGUGUAUACAGUCUAUAGAGAUCAAUAAUGAGAACAAUGUGUGGUUAGAUGAUAUUUUGGAAAAAGGGACAGCUAUUGUAACUUGUAUUGACGACCUCGGUUGCAAUUUGUACCCUCCCCAGAAUCAUCAGAAUGUAAUUGCAUAUGCAAGAGAUUUCAACUUGUUGUCAAAAGAACUGAUAAAACUUGCAAAACUGCAUGCAACAGAAGAACAUAUGGUAUGGUUUAACACGUGUGAAGAACAGUUUUCAAAGACAUUGGAUGCAAUAAUGGCAGAAGCUCAGCCAAGACAAUAA